AUGUCCAAAACGUUGCCUCUUUUGUCCCAGGCGGAUCUCGCCAAACACAACACGGCGCAAGACUGCUGGGUCACGUUGUACAACAGAAAAGUGUACAAUGUCACGAAAUUUCUCGAUGAGCAUCCGGGCGGAGAUGAUUUGAUUUUGGAGUACGCCGGCAAGGACAUCACAGAGAUCAUGGGCGACGCAGAGACCCACGAACACUCCGAAAGCGCGUACGAGAUGCUUGAAGACGGCAUGUUGGUCGGAUACUUGGCCACUCCGGAAGAGGAAAGAGAUCUUUUGAACAACAGAAACAAGACUCCGGUGGAGGUGAAGCUCACCAAAGAGGCAGAGGAACAAGUGGACUUGUACGAGUUCCAUGACGAGUUGCCUGCGUUGGAAAAGUUGUCGAUCCAGACAGACUUUUCCGACGACAACAAGAAGCACAAGUUCUUGGACUUGAACAAGCCGUUACUUCCCCAAAUGCUCACGAGUACCUUCGACAAGGACUUCUACUUGGACCAGGUGCAUCGCCCCCGCCACUACGGCAAGGGCUCUGCGCCGUUGUUUGGCAAUUUCUUGGAGCCCGUUUCUUUGACUCCGUGGUGGGUCGUUCCUGUCGUGUGGCUUCCUGUGAACCUCUACAUUUUUUCGAUUGGGUUUUCUGGCCAAAGCAAAAUCACCGCCUUGAGUUUCUGGGCGCUUGGCUUGUUUGUGUGGACGCUUAUUGAGUAUUGCAUGCACAGGUUCUUGUUCCACUUGGACGGCUACUUGCCUAACCACAGGAUCUUCUUCACCAUCCACUUUCUUUUGCACGGCGUGCACCACUACUUGCCCAUGGACAAAUACAGAUUGGUGAUGCCUCCAACCUUAUUUGUCGUGUUGGCUUACCCCUUCUACAGAUUGGUUUUCGCCGUUCUUCCUUACUACAUCGCUUGCUCUGCGUUUGCCGGUGGAACUUUGGGCUACAUCAUGUACGAUGUGACACACUACGUCUUGCACCACACAAGAUUGCCCAAGUACUUCCAUGACUUGAAGACGUACCAUUUGGAGCAUCACUACAAAAAUUACGAGUUGGGCUUUGGUGUCACCAGUCGUUUCUGGGACGUUAUCUUCAACACUGAAAUCACUUCCACUUUCGAGAAGCGGAAGUGA